UUUCUUCUCGUUCGUUCAGGCCGGAGAAUUGGGGAGUGGGCGGGUGACGUAGCCGUAGUUUCCCGGGACCGUGCACAUACACCCACACAGCAGCACGCCGUGGGGGUGCACCGGAGCCGCUCACCUCGCCGCUCACCUCGCCGCUCAAGGACACCUGGGAGACCCUGGCAUCUACCUCGCCAGUGGCGCUGUCCAUCGCUUGUGGGAAGGGGGACCUCUGCCAGGCUAGAGCCCGGGCGGUGCCAGCAAGAUGGUGUCGUGGAUCAUCUCUAAAGCCGUGGUGCUGGUGUUUGGCAUGCUGUACCCGGCUUAUAAUUCCUACAAGGCUGUGAAGACGAAAAAUGUGAAAGAAUAUGUCCGAUGGAUGAUGUACUGGAUUGUUUUUGCCCUUUACACUGUAACAGAAACAUUAGCAGAUUUAACAAUAUGCUGGUUCCCUUUGUAUUAUGAGCUGAAGGUUGCUUUUGUUAUCUGGUUAUUAUCACCGUACACUAGAGGAGCCAGCUUGUUGUACAGGAAAUUUUUGCAUCCUCUCCUCUCUUCAAAAGAAAAGGAGAUUGAUGACUACAUUGUACAAGCCAAGGAGAAAGGUUAUGAAACGAUGGUGAAUUUUGGCAAGCAAGGCUUGAAUCUAGCUGCUACUGCUGCUGUGACUGCCGCUGUGAAGAGCCAAGGGGCCAUUACUGAACGUUUACGAAGCUUCAGUAUGCAUGACUUAACAGCCAUACAGGGUGAUGAGACCGUAGGGGGCAAAUCCUACCCAUCUUUAUCUGAAGCUCAAAAGAAGCCUAAACCUGCUAAAAGUGAAGGGCCAGGAUUCAGCUCUUUAAGAAACUAUUCUGGAGAUGACAAAACAGACGAGGAUACAGAAGGGGCUCACUCAGAGGAUGAAAUGUACACACAAACGGGACUGCGGAGAUCACAGAGCAUGAGAUCUGUUAAGGUCGUCAAAGGCCGCAAAGAGGUACGGUAUGGAUCAUUGAAGUACAAAGUGAAGAAGAGACCCCAAGUUUAUUUUUAAUGGGACCAAGCGGAACCUCCUGAACUGCUGUAUUGCAAUAAUUCUGUACUGCGUGAGAUACUGCACAUUUCAGAACCAGCAUUAGAAUCCAGGAAAUGAGUACAGUGCAUCUGAGAACUAUUUAUUGUUUUUAUGUUUUGUGGAAUAUUUUAUACCUGCAACUAUCCUAUGACGAAUGGGAUCCAUGGUCUCGGCCACACUACAAGUGGUUCUUACUAGUGUAUUUCUUCACCACUAAUACUUAAGGAAUGGAUCCUAGGCUGCGUGAUAUUAUGGAUGUGUGAUUGGGUGGAGGGACUGCGAGACUGGACCUCCUCCACUGGGUGUUUAUUAUAUUUUUAUGCAAAAGUAUUUGUCUUACAUACAAUAUGGGUAUUUUCUACGCUUUGUAAUGCCUUACUAUAAACUGACAAGUAGCGCUGUCCUUUAAAUGGAAGCUGUUUUUCUGAGAACAAUCCUAUUUGUCACAUUGCUGCCGGGUGCUCUAUAUGUGAUAAAGCUUAUUGCUUCUUUAGUUAGAAACCACGCACUCAGACCAAAAAUAAUAGAACGUUUUUAGAUUAAAAAAUUAUAUUGUCUUAAAUACAUUGAGCCAAAAGGUGUGUCCACAAUGCACGGGUACCCUGAGUAGGAACGCUGGCAUUUUCAUGUACUUCUGUAUGUGACUAAUAGUAAUUCUAAUAAGGGUAAUUCUCCAGAAAGUGAACAUCAAGUCCUGUGCUAUUUUUUUUUUUUUUUACCUUUUAAACUGGUCUGUUAGGAAAUUGUUCUCGUAUGAAAACUUUGUUGCUUAGCAGCAAUGCCUUACCCUAUAAUUUAAGACCCACUAAAAUCUUGGUAUUUUGGAGAAGUAUGUCGUUUGAAUUUGUGUAAAUGUCCCAUGUAUCACGGAGAAUCGGCCAUAAGUACAUGGAACACUGUAAACAAAUUUUGUAUAGGUUUACUAUGUAAUUAAGAUGCAGAAUUCAGGAAAAAGUUUAGGAAUUUCUUCCUGGGGUUCUGUCUGUGUGGCACAAAAGGUAUUGUUGUAAGACGACAACUCUAGUUCCGCUGCAAGUCUGUUUUACACUUGGAAAAUCUUACACGCGAUAGUCUAUGUAUCAAUAAACUUACAGCUGUGUAUGUAUUUACUUUUUGGGUGUUUUUGGAAUCAUAAUGGUUUUAUGAUCUGGUCUUUUUAAAUUCCUUUUGUGUUUUUUAGAUUUUGUUUGUCUCCUUCAGUGUUCAUUUUUUUUUUUUUUUUUUACUUUUUUCCCCUACUGUGCAUAGACAACCUUUGAGCUUGCUUUCAAAUGGAAUAUUGUCUUUUGAUGCCUGUAGAUCCACUGCUGGCGGUGGAGCAAGCCACAGGGUGAAAAGCUUGGCAGAGAGAUUCAUACUUUUAUUUUUCAGAAUAAUUGCAUUGGUUUACAUUUGCAGUUUGUUUAUACUGAUGUUACAGCUCCUUUUUUGGUUAUAUCGCUUAAUCUAGUUAUUAGUUGUAUUAUUUUUAGUAAUUAAACUGGAUGUUUUGCAACCAUCUAGGUUCAUAUUGCAUGCAGGCGGAUUAUGCAGAACUAGUCCGCCUGUACGUUACAUGAUGUUUCUUUGUUUCAUACUCAUUAUGCAUUUAUUAGCUUGAAUGGUACAUUUGUUGUUUUCAUUUCUACAUUAGAUCAUGAGAUGAUGUAUUUUAUUUUUGGGAGAGGGAUUAAUAUAUGUUUUCGGUCUUAGGUUAGUUACAUACUGUCAUUUGGUAAAGAGGUUCCAGCUUGUAUUAGUGUCAUUGAAAGCAAUGACAUACUUAGGUAAGUCAGCCUCCACUUAGCAAUGCGUCAGCCUUCACUGUGUUUACUCCAAAGCUGCCACGUAAAAUAAACAGAUCUGAUCGCUAAUGUGCGUUUUCGCACAGCGGGUGAGCAGGUCAUAACAGCGCAUGCUUAUACACUGCAAUGCACACACGUGUCGGACGACAACAACGGGGAUCGCCGGUCAGCGACGGGAUGGUGCGAAAAUCUGUUCGCACGGGCGUUCCCAAGGUGAUUGACAGGAGGAAGCAGUUUGUGGGUGGUAACUGACCGUUUACAGGGAGUGUUCUGGAAAAUGCAGGCGUGCCCGAGCGUUUUAAGGGAGUGUGUCUGACGUCAGCUCCGGCCCAGAUCAUCCUGAUUCAAUCGCCCUGGAAGAGUAAAUCCUGGGCUGCGCAGAGACUGCGCGCACACAAUUUUAGCAGCUCAGUGUACACAUAGCAUUGCUCACUUGCACGGCGAAAAUACACUCCCACUGCAAAAAUCGCACCACAGCAAUCAGAUCUGAAUGGCCCCCAGAGUCCCCAUUACGUUAUAAGUAUUUUCUUAGUGCAGCUUUGGUGCUUAGUUAGGUGUUGAGACCGUGUAGACUGUAAACCACAAAGUACCUACUGAAAUACAUGGGCAGUGUACGUAACAAUGCAUCAUAAGAAUGUUUUUCUUGGAGCAAAUAUUGAAAAGUAUAAAGUGCUAUAAGGGAAAGAUUCCUGACCAUGUUCAAAGUAGUACUGGACAUAUCAACUCGUCUUCAGUGUUGUCAAAACAAUACCAAGUGAGAGAGCCGGCGUCCAGCUUGCUUCUGAAGCUCUGGACCCCCCCAGUUGCUUUCUUAUGAGGCUUGGGGAACUGAUUUUCCUGGCUCUGUAUUGCUACACGCAGCAGUGGUGGUGUUUAGCAGCACUAGGGCUAAAUACCUGAAUUUCUGCAAAACUGGACCAUGGAGCCUCCGAUAAUUCCAAACACUGUAGUAGUGAUAAAGCAGGGCCUGCAUAUCUGGUUUUGUAUCUGUUCCAAUUGUAUACUGGUGGUGCUAGUGAUCUGCUUUCUAUAGUACACAUUAUUACACAGGUAUUUAUGUCACUUAGGAAGUGAUGUAGUUAUUGAAUCGACAGUAACUAUGUCAACAGUGACUGUGGGUACGGGAGCGACGUAGGGACGGUCCAUCAUGCAUACCCAACCCCUUAGGAAUUGCAGGCAGGGUACAUACUGUCCACUGUUCUCCCCUAGGGCACAAGUGUGCAAUCUGUGUCUUUACACUUGUAGACUGACCAUUAUCAGAGGUACCCUGAUUAUCAGUUUGUUCUCUUGGGAGCAAUCUCAUUUCCAGGCUUUACAGUUAUGCCACAUUGACAUUUUUGCGUCUCACAUUUCCUGUGCUGUAAAAAAAUUUUGCAUUGAUCCUAGAGAUCUUAACUCCGUGGAGACUGAUCAAUUUGGGAUGCUCAGUAGCCGCCCUCUGAAACAUAUAUGAUCACCGUGUUAGACAGUUCUGGAAGUUUCCGGUUAGCAAUGGCGUAUCUAUCAUGAGUGCAGAGUGUGUGGUGCACUCAGUACAGACCACUAUGGCUGCCCCUACUUUUAUCCCCUCUGCUCACUGCUAGUGCCAUCGUUUUAGUAAUAUAUUUAGAAAGAUGACUGCGCAGGAGCUAUGCUACUCUCUCUCUGUGCCAGUCUUUGCCCUACAUGUGCCAUCUUGCGGAAUAUAUUACUGGAAAGAUGGCGCCAUCCAGGUUAGGACACUCUUAAAACGCCUCUGCCGGUCAGUGCUUCUUCAUGCUAGAUGAUUACAUCGGUAUUCUGCGCUAACAGUGCUGUGUGGAGAGUUACUAAUCUGGCCUGCUUAAUAUACUGCACAUUGACGUUUCUGGGAGUUCAUUCAUAUGUAUAAACUGUUUGUUUCUGGAAGGGGAGCGGCAAGGGGAGAAUGUGGGGAGCAGUAAAUGUCCGAUAUUCAUGGGCUAGGAUGAUCAGUACAUUGUUCCCCAGUUGUGAACACAUUUUUUUUGUCUUAAUGCAUUCACACUGGGGGCAAUUUAAUAGGGAAUGAUCCUGUAAAGUGUUGAUUUUUUUUUUCUGUGAUUUUACAGCGGUGCACAAAUAUCACUGACCGAGCGUAAUUGGGUGUACGUCUAACAUCUCUACAUUUUUCCAAAGAUGGAAAGUUGUAUAAUGCAGAUGAGAUAAGAGACUGUUCAUCUGAGUGUUUCCUGUGAAAAGGAGCAUAAUGUUUUUAAUCUAUCUCCUGUAUUAGAUAUAUGUAAUCAAAUAUUACCUUAUUCAGGAAUGUUUGUAUAAUGACACAUUGAUGUAGCAAAACUUUUUGUACCACCAAUGAUAAAAGAAGCGUUCCUUGCUUAAUCACAAGUGAUAACACCACUGAUCACUGGUUACUAGUGUUUGUGCAUCACACUUGCCUGCUUUGGAGACCUCCCAUGCUGGAUCCUGUUUGUGAUGUCCAAAAAGCAAUGGGUGUGAUUAGUGUCAUCGCAAAAGGUGGUAUGACACUUAUGUUGACACAAUUUGCUUUAGCAGGCCCUGCCCACUGCCGCACAAUUAUGUGACUAGCAUCCACGCAAGCAGCAGCAGUGCCUCAUUAACAGGAGUCCUGUUCCACGCAAUUAACAAGAAAGCAAGUGGGAUAUGGGAAUGAGGCCUGCCCCAAAAUUCAGCAGUCCAUAAACAAGUAUAUUACGUUUGUUAUUUUGGCAGUGGUAUAUAAUGAUAUUAGAAGUCAUCAAGAGUUCCAGGACCUGCAAGAAACCUGCAUAUUGUAUUCUAUACCUCCUAGUGUCCUUAUAACUUGCAAUAGAGGACUCUAUAAUUAACCCAGCAGACAAUACAGGGUCUCCCAAGGUAACAGCCGCUCUCCUUCCAAACUGCCUGUUCUGACUGAUAUUAGUAUGGGUUGUUGUUUUUUUGCAUGCUGAUAAAUAAUGCAAUAAUACUUCCAAAUCAAUCAACUAAAAUCACUUAGUGAUUGUGCUGAAUUUUUGAGAAUGCUUGAAUUUUGUAAUAGACUAACACUAUAUAUGCUGCUUUGUAAGCUCGAGAAAUGCAAAAAUGCUGGAUUUUUUUGCAAAUGAGUCUAAUAAAAACUUCAGAAAUACAGAA